AUGGAUGGUGAGGGCAAUGUAAAUGGUGCGGAUGGUGGGGAUGGUAGAAAUGGUGCAUAUGGUGUGGACGGUGGCGGUGAAAAUGGUGGAGGAGGUUUUGGUGCUGAUGAUGGUGUGGGUUAUGGAGGUAAUGGUGUCCCUAUCGGCUUGCGUCACUGUGGAGGCCAUACUGAGCAGAAGGACGAGCACCCGUCCAUUUCCAAACAAUGGAAACGUCGAAAAGUGAGGAACUGUGAGAGUGUCGGGUCGGAGGGAAUAUGGCGCGACGGUGACAGCAAUGCCUUCGACGGACACGAGAGGGAAUAG